AUGGAAAAAGUCGUCCCCACCGCGGAAGAGCUCAAAGCCUUCAACCUCGACGAUCCCCAGACGAUCGAACUCAUCCAACAUGCGCGCGACAGCUACGACGCCGACGCCAAGCUCACGCUGUGGGAGGCCGUCCGCAAGUACAAGAAGGCGUGCUUCUGGGCCAUGUUUCUGUCCACCAGCCUGAUCAUGGAGGGCUACGACUUGGUGAUUAUCACCUCCUUCUACGGCCAGAGCCAGUUCCAGCAGCGGUUCGGCACCGUCGACCCGGCCACGGGCAAGAAGCUCAUCACGGCCGAGUGGCAGUCGGGCCUCAGCAACUCGUCCCUGGUGGGCCAGCUGGCGGGGCUGCUGCUCAACGCGUACGCGCAGGACCGCUUCGGCAACCGGCACACGAUGAUGGCCUUUAUGGUGUGGAUGGUGGCCGCCGUCUUCAUCCCCGUGUUUGCGCCGUCGCUGUCGGUGCUGGCCUUUGGCGAGGCCAUGUGCGGCGUCGGCUGGGGCGUGUUCCAGACGCUGUCGACGGCCUACGCCUGCGAGGUCGUGCCGCCCAUUGUGCGGCCCUACGUGACGGGCUACGUGUGCAUGUGCUGGGGCGCCGGCAUCCUGCUGUCGUCGGGCGUCGUGCGCGCCGUCGCGGGCAUCGACGGCGACUGGGGCUGGCGGCUGCCGUUUGUCAUCCAGUGGGUGUGGCCGGUGCCCAUCAUCAUCGGGACGUACUUUGCGCCCGAGUCGCCGUGGAGCUCCGUGCGCCGGCACAAGGACGACGAGGCGCGGCGCAGCCUGCGGCGCCUGCGGCAGGACACGCCCGACCGCGAGCGCGAGGUCGAGGCGGCGCUCGCGCUGAUUGUGCACACGAUGCGCCUCGAGGCGGCCGCGACCGAGGGCUCGACGUUUCUGGACUGCUUCCGCGGCACGAACCUGCGGCGCACCGAGAUCAACUGCGUCGUCUGGGCCGCCCAGAUCCUCUGCGGCAACGCCAUCCUCGGCUACUCGGUCGAGUUUCUCGAGGCCGCCGGCUUCAACGAGCUGCAGGCGUUCGACCUCAACAUCUCGCUGUCCGCCUGCUACAUUGUUGGCGGCGUCAUCUGCUGGCUGCUCUUCCCGCACUUUGGCCGCGCCACCAUCUACAUGGCCGGCAUGCUCUUCAUGCUCGUCUGCCUGCUGGCCAUUGGCGGCCUCGGCUUCUCGAGCAACCCCAACGCCAACAUCGCCGUCGGCGUCCUGCUCGUCAUCUCGACCCUCUGCAACAUGAUCACCACCGGCCCCGUCUGCUACCCCAUCGUCGCCGAGACGCCCUCCGCCCGCCUGCGCUACAAGACCAUUGUCAUCGGCCGCUUCGUCUACAACCUGACGGGCAUCUUCAACAACUCCGUGACGCCCCGCAUGCUGUCGGCGCUGUCCUGGAACUGGGGCGCCAAGAGCGGCCUCUUCUACGCCGGCACCAACCUGCUGUGUCUCAUUUGGUGCUGGUUCCGGCUGCCCGAGACCAAGGACCGCACCUUUGGCGAGAUUGACGUGCUCUUUGAGAACAAGGUCUCGGCGCGCAAGUUCAAGUAUACAAAAGUGGAUGAAUUCGCCCAUCAGUCCGCGGUCAGUGAAAAAGCCGGCGUCGAACACAUUGACGAGGUGGCGUAG